AUGUCUCAAUCUGAUGCCGAUCUCGCUUGUCUCAAAACCCUUGUUCUCAAUCUCACCAACGUAGUUAACGAACUCAAAAAUACUUUUUCGGAUUUUCCUAAGGCUGUUACCGAUUUAGCUAAUAAUGUUCGUACUGUACAAUGUACUGUUUCUUCUCAUGAUACCAAAAUACUCCAGCUGGAAGAUAAAAUGGAAAAACUAGCUGAACAUGUUUCAAAGCUCUCUUCUCUGCCUCAAACCACUUCAUCUUAUUCUCAACACACCACAUUUUCCGAUGUGGUGAAAUUCCGUGCUGAAGAAGAGAAAUUUUCUUCGCGUUCUGUUCGUGCUCUUUGGUUUAAAGUACAACCUAGCUCUAUAUCCUCUGUCACUAAGCUUAAAAAAAUCAUUUCUGAUAUUUUUGUGCUUUCCAAAGACCAGGUUGUUAUUGAUCUUUUCAAGAAUGACCAUAUCUCUUGUCAGCAUGCUGCUAGCCAGUCUGGCAACCCACCUAUUAUUAUUACUUGUCCUUCCAAAGAUGUGCGCGAUAAAGUUGUUGCAUACAUUCGCAAGUUCAAGCAUGAUAUUCAUCCUGAUUUCAAAAAAACAUUUGUCCGAAGAGAUUAUCUUCCCAGCGAAAUCAACCUGGAACGUGAUCUUCGUAAUCAAUGCAAAACUCUCAACGUAGCACAUCCCGACUUAGCUCAUUUUGUAAGAGAUUUCAAAAUAGUCUCAAAACCCAGGACUAUCCCUGCUUCCGAACCCCAUUCGGCCAACCCUAUUGCUUCUACUGUGGUCCUUGAUGCUUCCGCACACAGACCCAUUUUAUCGCUACCUGCUCUCUCCUCUCCUCCUAUUGUUGUCUCCACUCCUCGUUCUGGUGUUGCUAAUCCGUCUUCUGAUAGUAAUAGUGGUAAUGCCUCUGAACCAAGCUCCAAAGUUACUAAAAUGGCAAAUGGUUCUCGCAACAUUCCCUCUUCUCAGCCUACUGUUGUUUCCUCUGAAGUUUCUGAUCGUGACAGGUUUAGAAAAACUCAGAAUGUACGUCGCUCAAUGUCUCUGCCCCGCUCCACCAAGGCCAAUUUACAGGCCAUUUCCUCAGCUAUUGGUCUCACUUCUUUUCGUAAGUGA